AUGAAAAAGUUUACCCCAGACAUGCGCAACCUAGGAGGGAGAAAAGUGAUCGUCGACCUUAUGAAUAACCAUUAUGCAUGUCUUUUAAACAUAAAGCCAGUUAUUAAUACUAGAGAUCAGCCACAUCCACAUGUAAACAAUACUUCUAAACAUUCAGUUUCAGGGACUCAGCCGAAAUCUAAAAAUGAGCCUGAUUUAGCUGAGGUCAGAGAAGGCUUCCGAAGAGUAGCCAACGUCAAAAGGUCGUCAAUUGACACGACCAAGCCUGGGACUUUCAGUAUGUCAACGAAGUUAAGUGAAUAUCGGCAAAGAAAGAAACAGUCAAUAAAGUCAGACCAUAUGAAUAACAUCAAGCAUAUGCAAAGACGCAUCAAUGAUAUAGGAUCUGUAUUCGUUAUUUAGCUGCAAGAAAGGAAAAAAAAUAAAUAUGAUCCUAUUGCGAAUCCUGUUAUGUUUUUUAGGAGUGUAGAUGAGACAGAUCACCCUACACUUAAUGAUAAAUUUAUAUCAAAGGUACUCAGGCCACCAAAGACCAGUGAUAUUUAUAGCUAUAUGGCAAAACAGACUGGCAGAAGAAGGACGACAAGGCCAAAAUCUGCGGAGGGCAGCAUGGAAGAGGAGAUUUCGAUGACUCCGUCAGUGCAUGAGAGGAGUAAUAAUCCUCAGCUUGAGCUAAAAAAGCAACUAUUGGAAGUUAUCACAAAUAAUAGAAUUUAUACUGAUAAAGACCUAGAGGAGCUGUUUUUGAGGACCAGAGAGGCAAAUUCUCAUUUAAGUCCAGAUAUAGUAGAAGACGCAAUCGCUUAUGUGCAAAGUGAGCUUGAUUCUUAA